AUGACUGAGAAACUGGAAUUGCCAUUACAUUUCAAAGGGGAAAGUUCAUCGCGGAAGAAAGUGUAUCCAUUGUUUAUUGGGAUUAAUUUCAUUUUAGUUUUAUGUACACUUUUCUUUUACCGUUCAUAUGAUAGCAAAACUAUUAAAACCCCAAUUGAGGUAUUCAAAACCUUCAUACAAGAGCCUCAUGAACCAAAUUCCCUUUGUCCCAUUGUCCCCAAGGUAGAUCCAUCCGGUAUUCUCCACAACCCAGAUACACUAAACUAUAUUCUUUCAGAUACAAAUUUUCAUACUUCUGUAAGAAAGAAGUUGAUGAAUGCAGUAAAGAUCCCGACAGAGAUAUUUGAUGGCAUGAAAAAUCCUAAAUCAGUGAAAUCUUUGAAGGAGUUAUACGAAUUGGACCCCAGAUGGAAACUGUUCGAAAAGUUUCAUGAUUUCUUAGAGAAAGCUUACCCGUUGGUCCAUAAGCAUUUGAAAUUGAAAAAAGUUAACAAAUUUGGAUUAGUGUAUACAUGGAAAGGUAAAGAUGACACUAAAAAGCCAAUAAUGUUGACUGCCCAUCAGGAUGUGGUACCUGUCCCCCAUGAAACUAUUGAUCAAUGGACCUUCCCACCUUUUGAAGGAGGGUUUGAUGGCAAGUAUCUUUAUGGUAGAGGUGUGAGUGAUUGUAAGAACUUGUUGAUUGCAUUGAUGGGCACUAUCGAACUUUUAUUGGAAGAAAACAAAUUCAAGCCUCAAAGAACCAUUAUUUUAGCUUUUGGAUACGAUGAGGAAGCAGCAGGUAAAGGUGCAGAGGAGAUAUCCGAAUACUUGAUUGACAAAUAUGGUUCCGAUUCAAUACUACAAAUUAUUGACGAAGGCGACGAGGGAUAUCAAGAAGUCGAAGGUCUAAAACUUGUAUUGCCUGCUACUGGAGAAAAAGGUCACUUGAACUCAGUUAUUGAUUUGUUUACGCCUGGUGGCCACCUGUCAGUGCCACCAAGACAUACAUCAAUCGGAAUAAUGUCACAAUUGAUCAACAAGAUAGAGGAUAAAGAAUUUAGCCCAAUAUUAACAAACAAUAAUCCGGUCUUAGGUCAAUUGUAUUGUCUUGCAGAACACUCAACAAUAUUGAAUAAAUCAAUUAAAACGAGCAUUUUGAAGGCUCAAAUAGAUGAAAAUGCCAAUCAGCAAGUUGUUGAGUAUUUGAGCAAAGAUGCAGAGACUAAAUACUUGAUCACCACUUCUCAAGCUGUCGAUAUAAUUGAAGGUGGGGUCAAGUCUAAUGCUUUGCCAGAACACGUUUCCGUGGUUGUGAAUUCCAGAAUUGCAGUGGAAGAAAAUGUGGACACUGUAGUGUCGAAAUUGAAAGCAGAUAUUUUGACAAUUGCAGAUAAAUUUGAUUUAGGUCUAAUAAUUGAUAAUCAAGAAAUUAUUGAGCCAACAGUCCAUGGAUAUUUUAACUAUUCCUUGAUAGAAAGAUUGGAACCUGCUCCUGUGUCUCCUAUAAAUGGUGAAAGUUGGAAUGUAUUUGGUGGAUCAUUAAGAUACUUGUAUGAAGAAUUGAUUUUCCCAGAUUUAAAUGAUACUUUUAUUGUUGCCCCGUUUCUCUCCACGGGUAAUACAGAUACAAAGUCAUAUUGGGACUUGACAAGGAACAUAUAUCGAUACCAACCAAGCAUUGCUACAAAAAAUAGCAAUAUACAUUCAAUUGAUGAAAAAUUGGACUUUGAAGGACAUUUCCAUAUUAUUGCUUUUUAUUAUUAUUACUUACAGUUGGUAGAUGGCAAAGAUGACAAAUUAUUUGAACCUUAG